AUGGUUUUCGGCCACCGCACGCCCACUAAACGACAACUUCCAGUAAAUAAUAAUAUACCUGACAAUACACCCGACAGUGACGCAACAGACGAAAUACUUACAAUGACAGAAAAACAGUGCACCGCAGGGCUGGAACCACCCGUCGCUAGCUUCUUUUCCCUUUCACCGUCGACAUCAGCUGACACGGCCUCCUCUAAUACAGGCACUGACGGUACCGAAAAACGAACUACGCCUAUAUCGGACACAUCUGAUUCUGAGGCUGUAUUCGGGAAGACCUACAAGUCCAGAGAGACCGAAAUUAGAGGCAUCUUCCAGAAAAUAAAUAUCAAACUAGACAGUGCAAAGAAUUUAAGAACUGACAUAAAGGUAGAAGUGAAGGCAGCAACCAAGAGACUCCAGGAAAUAGUGAAGGACCUACUGAACGAAAGAAAGGAUCAAACAAAGGAUUAUCCGAACCCCACUAGAAGGAAAGAAGAAGAAGAAAAGAAAGAAAAAGCAAAAGAACAAACAGAGAUAGAAGGUAAAGAAGUAAGAAAUAUAAUAAAUAAAAUAGAGGAACAGAAGAAGCUAAUAGAAGAAGGAAAUAGAGAGAUUCAAGAAAUAAAGAAGAUAAUCAAGGAACAGAGGAAGGAAGAGGAAACCACCAGAAGAGAAUUAAAGGAAAGCAUUGAAGAAAGCAGUAGAGUAACAAGCGAACUGAGAUCCUAUGCUAGCGUAGUGGCAACAGGAAUCAGACCUGGAGAUAGAGAACGUGCACCAUCACAGAAUAACCAGGCAGCAGCUAAACACGCUAUUAUAAUCACCUCAAAUGGAACGGAAACAAGUGGAGAGAUAAUAGAAAGGAUAAGAACAACGGUAAAUGCAAAGACUACAGGAGUAAGAGUGGACAGGAUAAGAAAGGCAAGAGACCAGAAAGUAGUUCUAGGGUGCGAAACAGAGGAGGAACUGGAAAGGGUAAAGGAGAGACUAAAACUUGAUAGUAAACUACGAGUGGAAAAGGCGGUGAACAAGGAUCCUCUAGUUAUUCUAAGGGAUGUACUAUGUGUUAAUACGGAUGAGGAGAUUAUAACAGCGUUAAAGCUACAAAAUAAGAACCUUAUGAGCGAAAUGGAAAAAGAGGAAGAAGAAAGGAUUAGCAUAAGAUACAGAAGGAAAACAAGAAACCCGCACACCAAUCACAUCAUCUUACAGCGUACUGCUAAGGUUCUCUCUAAAGUUGUAACGGAUGAUCGCAUCGGGCAGCACCUGAUCGUACAAGCGAACUUGCAGAGAAAGGACGCCGCAACCAGCGAACUAAUCAUGGAGGGCCAGAGGAGAAAGGCUACGGCGGCGCUGGUUCAAGAGCCUUACAUUGGCAAGGAAGGUAGAAUGAAGGCGUACAGGGGCACCAGAAUAUUCCAGUGCGCGGGAAAAACCGAGAAGGUCGUCAAAGCGGCAAUCGUGCUGUUUGACACAAACACCGACGCAACACUGUGUCCUGACCUCACCACACCCAACAUCGUUGUGGUAAAGGUGAAAACCGACGCACGGGAUGUGUUCCUGGUCUCAUUCUACUUUGAGCCCGCGCCAACGCCGAUAGAUCCCUAUCUCGAUGACCUGAGGAAAGUAAGGCGAGCCGUAGGUCCAAGAGUGGUAUUCGCUGGAGACGCAAAUGCCAAAAACAAUCUUUGGGGAGGAGAAAUUACGGACAGGAGAGGGGAGGAUCUGAUGGCUACCUGCGCAGAGAUGGGAGUGUAUGUGUUAAACGAGGGAACAACUCCAACGUUCGACACAUAUAGAGGCGGAAGGAACUUCAGCAGCUUUGUCGAUCUAACAUUUUGUACGGCAGAUCUUCUUGGAUUCAUAGAGGGAUGGGAGGUCGAUGAAGGCAUAACCAGUUCGGACCAUAAUGGUAUAGUGUUUAAACUAAGGAACACAAAACUGAGUGGGGUAGAAAUAGAAAGAACAACAAGAGUAUACAACACGAGGAAGGCUCACUGGACCAAUUUUCGAGAAAAAAUCAGCCAAAUGCUAGAAGAAAGUGAUAUAAACAAAGAAAAGAUGGACAGGAUAAGAACAGAAGAAGAAAUAGACAGAACAGUAUAUAAAUAUAUAGAAAUCAUAAAACAAGCCAGUGAUGAGAAUAUACCUAAAAUAAGAAAUAAAUCUAUACUUACCAUUUCAUGGUGGACGGAGGAACUGGCAUCUCUAAAGAAAGAACUUAGAACCAAGAAACGAAGAAUAAGAUGCGCAGCGCAAACCCGGAGAGCGGAGGUUGUGAAUGAAUACCUGAAACUAAAAGAAAAAUAUGAGAAGGGAAUAGAGGAAGCAAAGCUGGAAAGUUGGAAGGAAUUCUGUGGGAAACAAAGCAGGGAAGGAAUGUGGGAGGGAAUAUAUAGGGUCAUAAAUAGAACAACAAUAAGGAGGGAAGAUAUGCCUAUGGUGAGAGAAGGGAGGGUGCUGGAAAUGGAAGAAUCCGCUGAGUAUCUUGUGCAGACUUUCUUUCCCGACGAUGUCGAAGAGGACGACAGUGAGGCGCACAGGGACAUCAGGGCAAAAGCGGAAGCAAUAAACGAGGGAGUAAAAGACACAUACGACCCCCCUUUCACAGAGGGAGAGCUCAAACUAGUCCUGGAGUCCUUUAACCCAAAGAAAGCCCCAGGCCUGGAUGGCCUGACCUUCGAUAUCUGCCGGGCCGCCAUCUUUGUCGCUCCGCACGUAUUUCUGGCACUCGUCAAUAAGUGUUUGGAGAUCGGAUAUUUUCCCACCACCUGGAAGGAAGCCACAGUGGUAGUACUUCGAAAGCCUGGCAGAACAGACUACACGACGCCAAAGUCCUACAGACCUAUUGGCUUGCUUCCAGUGAUGGGGAAAAUAAUGGAGAAAAUGCUCGUGAAAAGGGCGAACUGGUACAUAAUACCAAGAAUGAGUGCCAGACAGUACGGAUUUAUGCCACAGCGAGGGACCGAGGACGCCCUCUAUGACUUGCUGAGACACAUAAGAGAAAAAUUGAAUGAAAAGAAAAUCGCAGUAAUGGUCUCGCUAGACAUAGAAGGCGCCUUCGACAGCGCGUGGUGGCCUGCAAUCAGGUGUAGGUUGGCGGAAGUGGGAUGCCCGGUAAACGUAAGGAGAGUGUUUGACAGCUAUCUGAGAGACAGGAAGGUUAGGUUGCGAUAUGGAGGAAGGGAAGUGGAGAAGGUUAACACGAAAGGAUGUAUACAAGGAUCUAUAGGGGGACCAAUAUUGUGGAACCUCUUGUUGGACCCCCUAUUGAAAGGUUUGGAAAGAAAGGGAAUCUGCUGCCAAGCGUUUGCGGAUGACGUUGUCCUGGUUUUUGACGGCCACACCGCGGGCGAGAUUGAGAGGCAGGCCAAUGCAACCCUAGCCUAUGUUCAGGAAUGGGGUGUCUUGAAUAAGUUAAAAUUUGCGCCACAUAAAACCAAAGCUAUGGUCGUAACAAGGAAGUUAAAACAUGACACCCCACUACUGAGCAUGGGCGGGACCAGAAUUGAGGUCGUGAAGGAGGUGAAACUCCUCGGACUGAUAAUAGAUGAGAGUCUCACCUUCAACACGCACGUCAAGACUGUAUGUGCAAAGGCCUACCAGAUCUACAGACAGCUGGCUAGGGCUGCGAAAAUAGGUUGGGGCCUGGACACGUUAAUCGUCAGGACGAUCUACACUGCUGUGAUAGAGCCGAUCCUGAUGUAUGCCGCGAGCGCUUGGGAGCAGGCAGCGAGAAAGAAGUGUGUUAAAGUACAGUUAGACCGGAUCCAGAGGCUCUUCCUCCAAAAAAUUUGCAAAGCAUACAGAACUGUUUCGCUUCACUCGGGAUUAAUUCUUACUGGGAUACUCCCAUUACAUCUAAAGAUUGAGGAAGCGGCAGUUCUAUACAAGGUAAAGAGAGGACUGUCUCCCCCACUCAGCUUAGACGCGGUGAUGGAGGGUAGAGAAAAUCCGGCGGAGAUGCCACACCCUGCGCACGAGCCACUGCUUACUUUUAAGACCUAUGACUCAGAAUUAGACCUAGAGACUCAGAUUGACACCUCAAACUUUUUUACUGACGGCAGUAAAUUUGACGAAGGCGUCGGUGCCGCGGUCGUUAUCUUUAAAGAAAACGUUCUAAAGAAAUUUGUAAAAAUUAAAUUAGCGUCCUACUGUACUGUCUUCCAGGCUGAAAUGGUGGCGCUGCACAGAGCGUUUGAGCUGAUAGAAAGGGAAAAAAGCCCGAAUAUAAACGUCUGUAGCGACUCCAGAUCAGCACUGGAGGACAUCACAAGCGGCCGCUCUCUUAAUCCUCUCGCUGUCCAAAUAAGACGGCAAAUUUUUAAAAUGCGCGAAAAUAAAACAAUUACCUUAUUCUGGAUCAAGGCCCACGCUGGACACGAGGGGAAUGAGAGGGCAGACCUGCUGGCGAAGGAGGCCGCCCACAACAAUAAAAAGAAACCAGACUAUGACCUCUGCCCAAUUUCUACUAUAAAAAGACUUAUUAGGACGGAAUCGGUGCAGCGUUGGGAGGAGGAUUAUCAAAACGGAGAAACAGCCUCCAUAACGAAAGUCUUCCUCCCAACAGCUGCAGCCGCUUUUAGGGUCAUAAAGAGGGUGGGAUUGGACGGCGAAGCAACACAGGUUCUAACGGGGCAUGGUGGUUUCGCCGCAUAUCUCCACAGGUUCAAACGUAAGGAUAGCCCCGUUUGCGCCUGCGGAGACGAGGAUGAGACGGUGCCCCAUUUGUUGAUUCGCUGCCCAAUCCACGCCCCCGAAAGACACAAACUGGAAAACCGACUUGACAUUGACUUGACAGAAAGUAACUUAAAAAUAAUCAUGAUGGACGACGGGAUGAGGCCUCCUUUGCUACAAUUCUGUAAGCAAAUAGUAAAAAUAGUAAAUAAACGAAACAAAUAA